GUAUUUAAUAAACCUUUUUAAGAUUUAAAGAUAGGAAGUCGAAGGAGAAAAUUUAUAGAGUUCAACAACCAUGAAUUUGUGAUCUAAUUGAUUUGGAUGAUUUUGAGUUUUGAUUCAAUGCUGGACGAGUCCCUCGUGGAUGGACGAUUGCAGAGUUCGGUUAUCUACCUCAUUGUCUCUCUCUCUCUUUCUAUCUUCCGCCAUGGAUAAACACCAGAAAUUCUUAAUUCUUAUUAACUCUUCAAUCUGAAAAUCCCGUUCUUUAAUCAUACUCUCAAAUCUCAGAUCUGUCGAGUUACUCGUGAUACUCCAUUUCUCCUGUUUCUUGUGAUCUCCUUUGUCAGCCGAUUUGGGCAGAAUCGAAUGAACUUCCACUCUUUCUUUUUCGAGUAAGAGGAGCGUUUGCUUGCUGGGGUUGGAUGAUUGAAUAUGCAAAUGGCUCAGUACAGGCAGUCGGGGACGGACAGAAAUGGACCACCGUUCCAUUCCACCAACAAUGGCGUUGCCGAUCACGUUGCGGUGGGAAUUCGUUCUGCGCCGUAUAAACAGGCUAGGGCUCGUAGGUCAGCUCGCUCCGAUAAAGGCAGAGGGAUCUCAAUUGGGGCGAUUAUCUUUGUGCUCUCUCUUGUUCUUGUCGCUACCGUCUUAGCUUAUUACUAUUUAUUGAGAGACACCAAAGAGAUUAGUAACUCUAACGUAGAGGAUGAUGACUUCAAGAACGACCCUGAUUUUCUUGCAAAUGUUACUCGGACAGAGACAACCAAGGUCAGGUUUGGUAAAGGGUUAGUUGUGCAUGGGCGUGAUUCGAGGUAUUGGGAUGGUGAUGAUAGGAGAAGGGACCAAGAUUACAAUGAGGAUGUGGUGGAACAUAGGAGUACUACCAAAAAGGCUACUGAAAAGGGUGACGUUCCAGCAAAAGUAAGUGAGGGCCACAGAGAACCAUCCCUUGAACAUUCUCAAAACAGUUUAGACAGGAAAGACAGUGGACUAUAUAAUGAAGCUGGCCGAAAGGAGUUGAGGAAGUAUGAAGCUGAAUACGAGGCUUCAGUAAAGACCUCAGGUCAAUUGGAAAAAGAAGGAAAUGAAGACGACCAGGUAUCUGAUGACGAUGAUGUGGAAAACUGGAAUGACAUUAUCGAUACCGAAGAUGAGUAUGGACAUGGAAGUGAUAAUCAAAAUCCUGCUAUGGAAGAAGAUGAUGAUACAGAACGUGAGAAAGGGGACCAUUCUGAUGCAGCAGGUUUAACAGAGGAAGAUUCCGGGAAAUCAUUUAAUGUUGUUGAAAAUGGAAAACCCCAUAAUGAUGACCAUGGGAAAUCCCUCAAUGUGCAUGAUGGAGAAACCAAGUAUCAGCAAGAUGAUGAGAAUGUUGAGGCUACCAACCAUUCAUUUGAUGAGGAUUAUACGUUGAGUUCCCAAAAUUCCGAUAAGGUUAAUCAAAGCUCCAAACAUGUUGGUGUCACUAUUGGUCAGCAUACAAAGAGGUCAAAAAUGGAUUCGAGAAAGAAGCCAAAGAAUCGAAAAUUUUCAGGUUCAUCAUGUGCGAUAAAGUUCUCGAACUCUACUGCACAAAUUCUUGAACCUUUGGAAAGUAAAAAAUUUGUUAGAUUCACUUUGCAAUACACCAAGACAGAAGAAAAGCCAAGCAAUCAAGAAAAAUGGAUGCCUAGAUUUGCAGGGCAUCAGACUUUGCAAGAACGAGAGACAUCAUUUUAUGCACAGGAUCAAAAGAUAAAUUGUGGCUUUGUGAAAGGUCCGGAAAGCUUUCCAAGUACAGGUUUUGAUCUGGCAGAAGAUGAUUCGAAUUAUAUCAGUAGCUGCCACAUCGCGGUGAUCUCCUGCAUUUUUGGGAAUUCGGACCACCUGAGAUCACCUACUGGGAAAACGGUUUCUCGUUUUUCAAGAAAAAAUGUCUGCUUUGUUAUGUUUAUGGAUGAAGUUACCUUGGAGACUCUUUCAACAGAAGGUCAAACAGUGGAUAGGACGGGUUUUAUUGGAGUAUGGAAGAUUGUUGUGGUAAAAAAUUUACCGUACACUGAUAUGAGAAGAGUUGGGAAAAUACCAAAAUUAUUGGCACAUCGAAUUUUUCCUUCCGCAAGGUACUCAAUCUGGUUGGAUAGUAAGUUACGGCUUCAAUAUGACCCUCUGCUAAUCUUGGAAUACUUCUUGUGGCGAAAAGGUUAUGAAUUUGCAAUUUCAAAUCACUACGACAGACAUUGUGUAUGGGAAGAGGUGGCUCAGAAUAAGAGAUUAAACAAGUAUAACCAUACUAUCAUAGAUCAACAAUUUGCCUUUUACCAGGCUGAUGGAUUGAAGAGGUUUAAUGCAUCGGACAUUAACAAGCUUCUUCCCAGCAAUGUGCCCGAAGGAUCUUUCAUCAUUAGGGCCCACACUCCUAUGUCGAAUCUGUUCUCUUGUCUAUGGUUCAAUGAGGUUGAGAGAUUUACUCCCCGAGAUCAACUUAGUUUUUCAUACACAUACCAGAAAUUAAGAAGGAUGAAUCCUGGAAAACCUUUUUAUCUUAAUAUGUUCAAGGAUUGUGAGAGAAGAAAAAUAGCAAAAUUGUUUCGUCACAGGUCAGACGAGAAGCGAACUGUUCGGAAAAAGGCAAUGGAGUAAUGUGUUAUAUGUUUUUAUGGUAGCCGGUUUGACAUAAUUCACUUGGCAAUAUACCUCUUGAGUGCUUGGUGAAUUUAUACAUAUAUCCCUGGUCCAACAGUGGUGUGAUGGACACGCUGCCAGUCAAUAUACUCCCUAAACCAAAUUUUGCUAUUGAGAUUUGUGAACUUUUGGACAUCUUAUAUCAGCAGAUUGUUAAACACAGAGUUGACGAUGCAGUUAUUACUUGACAUCUUCAUGGAGGAGGCCAGGGAGCUGCAGUAGUGUUUUAGUAAUGUGAAUUUUACUUUCUCUUCGUUGCUUCAUUUGGAGGUAAGAGAGUUCUAAAUUCAUUUGUACCAUUUCUGUGACAUUAUGAAUUGUGUAAUACUAUAUGCUCACAACCCGAUUAAUAUGAAGUUCAUU